AUGGCGGACCAGUACGAUUACAACACCAAUGAGGAAAAGAUCAUGAAGGACAGCAACACCAAGGAGAUUGAUCUUAUCAACAGAGACCCCAAACAGAUCAAUGAAGACGUGGUUAAGGUGGAAUUUGAGGAUGUCAUCGCAGAGCCAGACGGCACACACAGUCUGGACGGCGUAUGGAAGCUGAGCUACACCACCUUCACUGUGUCUAAGUACUGGUGUUACCGGAUUCUGUCCGCCCUCUUCGGUAUCCCCGUAGCUCUGAUCUGGGGGUUCCUGUUCGCCUGUAUCUCCUUCUGCCACAUCUGGGCGGUGAUGCCUUGCAUCAAGAGCUGUCUGAUUGAGUCACAGUGUGUUAGCCGCAUUUACUUGCUGUGCAUUCAGACCUUCUGCGAUCCUUUGUUCGAAGCCUUGGGCAAGAUCUUCAGCAGUGUGCGUGUGGCACUGCGCAAGGAAGUCUAA